CCGCCGCCGCCGCCGCCGCCGCCGCUCUGGGCGCCGCUCCGGGCCUGGGCCGCUCUCUAAGGGCGCCGUUGGGACCUUUCGCGGGGAAGGGAGACGCACGCAGCGGCCGGGGGCUCGGCCGGGCCGUUCCGGCCUGCGCAGCCUGAGAUUCUCUUUGUGGCCAGAUGGGUUUGUAUGGACAAGCUUGUCCAUCUGUAACUUCAUUAAGGAUGACAUCUGAACUGGAGAGCAGCCUAACAUCUAUGGACUGGUUACCACAGCUCACCAUGAGAGCAGCCAUCCAAAAAUCUGAUGCUACACAAAAUGCACAUGGAACAGGAAUUUCUAAGAAGAACGCACUCCUUGACCCAAACACAACGCUGGAUCAGGAAGAAGUCCAACAGCACAAAGAUGGAAAACCUCCGUACAGUUAUGCCAGCCUUAUCACAUUUGCAAUUAAUAGCUCACCCAAAAAGAAAAUGACUUUAAGUGAGAUUUACCAGUGGAUUUGUGAUAACUUCCCAUAUUAUAGAGAGGCUGGCAGUGGUUGGAAGAAUUCCAUACGACAUAAUCUGUCACUGAACAAAUGUUUCCUUAAAGUGCCUCGAUCCAAGGAUGACCCCGGAAAGGGUUCUUACUGGGCAAUAGACACCAAUCCGAAGGAAGAUACACUGCCUACUCGGUCAAAGAAGAGGGCACGAUCUGUUGAACGGGCCUCAACUCCAUAUAGCAUAGAUUCAGAUUCUUUGGGAAUGGAGUGUAUUAUUUCGGGAAGUGCCUCUCCAACCCUGGCAAUCAACACUGUGACUAACAAAGUAGCAUUGUACAACACUGACCAGGAUGGUAGUGAUAGCCCGAGAAGCAGCCUUAACAACAGUCUCUCAGACCAGAGUUUGGCGUCUGUUAAUUUGAACAGUGUUGGAAGUGUGCAUAGUUAUACACCGGUGACUAACCAUCCAGAACCAGUCUCUCAAUCGUUAACACCUCAACAGCAGCCACAGUACAACCUUCCAGAACGAGAUAAACAACUCCUUUUCACAGAAUACAAUUUUGAAGAUCUCAGCGCCUCAUUUCGGAGUCUUUAUAAGUCAGUUUUUGAGCAGCCACUCAGUCAACAAGGUUUGAUGAGCAUCCCUUCCGAGUCUUCCCAGCAGUCCCACACUUCAUGUUCCUAUCAGCACUCUCCUAGCACUACAGUGAGCUCUCACCCACACAGUAACCAAAGCAGCCUGCCUAACAGUCACAGUGGGCUCAAUGCCACAGGCAGUAAUUCGGUUGCACAGGUCUCGCUGUCCCACCCCCAAAUGCACACACAGCCCUCUCCACACACACCCCAUCGACCGCAUGGUUUACCACAGCAUCCACAACGUCCCCAGCACCCAGCACCACACCCACAGCAACACAGCCAGCUCCAGCCACCUCACACCCAGCACCCCUCUCCACAUCAGCACAUACAGCAUCAUCCAAACCAUCAGCAUCAGACGUUAGCACAUCAGCCACCCCCACCCCCACAGCAGGCAUCCUGUAAUUCUGGUGUUUCAAGCGAUUGGUAUGCAACACUCGAUAUGCUGAAGGAAAGCUGUCGAAUUGCCAGCAGUGUUAACUGGUCAGAUGUAGACCUUUCACAGUUCCAAGGUCUGAUGGAGAGUAUGAGGCAGGCGGAUCUCAAGAACUGGUCAUUAGAUCAGGUUCAGUUUGCUGAUCUCUGUUCCUCUCUUAAUCAGUUCUUCACACAGACUGGCCUUAUCCACCCACAGAACAACGUUCAGCAGAAUGUCUGUCAUGGUGCCAUGCACCCAGCAAAACCUUCCCAACACAUUGGGGCAGGAAAUUUGUACAUAGAUUCCAGGCAAAAUCUCCCCUCGGUGAUGCCACCCCCUGGUUAUCCUCAUAUCCCACAGGCGCUCAGCACUCCAGGAACUACGAUGGCAGGCCAUCACGGAGCCAUGAACCAGCAGCACAUGAUGCCUUCCCAAGCCUUCCAGAUGCGGCGCUCUUUGCCUCCAGAUGACAUCCAGGAUGACUUUGAUUGGGAUUCAAUAGUGUAGGCUUGUUUCUGCAAGACAGCAGACUCCAGCAUCCUUCUGUUUACUGAAAGGAUGGAUUAGAGUCCAGUUGAGAGAACAAAGUGAUGUUCCAGUGCUAUAUAAAUUCCUUUUGAAGACAAUCAGAGAUUCUAGCUGGGUAACUUAACUGCUUUUAUCCGACCCAAGCAAGAACUACAUGUUUGUCUCCCACCAGUGCCCUCUGUAGCUCCUAACUGUUGUGAUUUGGACAGUUUUUUGCAUAUUUGUGUCAGUUUGAUGUUAACCACAAGUGCCAGACUGAUUUUUCAGACAGAGCCUAUUUUGCUGCAAGCAGUUUAUAAAUACAUAUAUGUAAAUACAUGUACAAACAUUACUGAAAGGCUUCAAGUUUUUUCUAAUUGGACUAUUGUGUCUUAAGAAGAAAGUUACUGUCAGUUUUUAUCCCUUGUUAGGCCAUUUUCUGCAGGGUGCUUUCAGACAAUGUAGGGAGCUAAAAGGAAACUGGUCUUUACAAAUCCCAGUUUCCUUUGUUUAAUCUCCAGAAAUAGGGGUAAUCAUGAAUUCCAGCGAGUAAGUGAAGGAACCUGGAGUUGGUACUCUCUGCAAUGCAGAGGGUCUUUUGUUCCUGAGCAAGCUUGUGAUGCAGGGAGUUGUAGAGCGUGUGUUAUACCUUGUCAGUGUGUUUCCUCAGCUGCAUUUUGAAAGCUCUGAAAUGUGUGGACUAAUUGAAGCUGGAUAUUGCUUGGCUCUUCAAACAAAUCAAUGUCUCCAUAUUCUUUUAAAUAUUUAUUAUUCAAAAGUUAUUUUAAUAUUUAUUGCUACUUUCUGUGAAUGCACGGUUCUUUUGGGUUCACUAGGGAGAAAUUUUCCUGAAAGCAUGGUUAUUUUUUUCUGGAUAAAAGUUUACAGACAAAGACAAUCAGAAAUUUUGUCAUUCUCUUUAUCAUCACUCCUUUUACCAGGUGAGUAUGCUUCCUUACUUAUCUUUCCUGCUGAUGGAGACUUAAUAGCAGCAUAGGCAUUUCCUGGAAUUUGAACCAGAGUCUGUUUAGGCAGCAAGGCAUAGAGGCAGGGUUUGUACAGAAGUGUCCUCACUGUUUUAGGUAGUACUCGAAGGGGCUGUAGCUCCAGAGUUUGUUUCAGUCUUGUGCUGUGACUAUGUGACUUGCUGUUGUGUGCCCCACAGAGGAACGUCUGGGAGCUUCUAUUGGUUGGUUUGUUCCAUAUUAUCACAGUUUGCAUGGGUUGAUUGUGUUGAUUUAUAAUGAAAGUAGAAGAAAGGAGAGUCUCCUCCCCACAGUGAGUAGGUUUCUAAUUGGUUUUUAUGGGGUGGGGGAUCUGUUUUAAUGAGGAAAUGGAUUCUGAAAAUCAAGGAAAAAUAACUUCUCAUCAGUUACUUGUUAGUGUCUCUGGGCUCAGCAAUGCUAACUAAGCCUCAGUAAGUCUGUGGUAGAGAGAGAGAGAGAGAGAGAGAGAGAGAGAGAGAGAGAGAGAGAGAGAGAGAGAGAGAGAGAGAGAGAGAGAGAGUGUGUGUGUGAGAGAGGGGGGGUGUAUUAAUGGAGUGUUACCUUGAAUAGGAAAAAUGGAGAGCUUUGUACAUCUCUGUUGUUUGGGUAUCUCUUGGCAUGAAAAGGAAGCUCAGAUACAGCUCCUCAGAUAAGUGAAAAUCGGGGUUCUCAAACAGUAGCCAACAGGCCUCUCUCAGAAGGAUCAGGCAAGAUGGAAUGGCUGCCUGCAGAGGAAAGAAAGCAUGGGAAGAUGGGGUUUCCAGUAGUUUAUUCAAGUCUCUGUUUUUUGGACACCAAAACAGCUGCUCCAUGACUAGGAUUGCUACUAGCAGUGUGCACUUUAAAAAAAUUGGGUGUUGGAGUACUGUAGUCUCUGAAACAGAAUGGCUUGGGUAGGACUACUGUUCACAAUUUUACAAAUUAUGUGAAGCUAAUUUCCAAUUUGGCAAUUAUUUACUGAUUUGCAGUGAUUGACAUAUUUAUUAAUAUAUAAACUGACCAAGAAUGGCACUUGAGUACAGACUCCUCACUCUUCUGUGGUCCCUGUUCCCCAGGGUUCAGCAGGCCCAGAGGGCUGUGGCCAGGCAGGGCUACCUGAUGGGUGCAGAGUCCCUCUAGUGGCCAUUUCUGGGCAAGUUCUUUUGGGCUUAAAUUGACUUUGGGGUAAAGACUAAUAAACAUACAUAAACAGAUGGGGUGCUCUGUCCAGGAGAAGAGUCCGACUGGCAUUUGUGGCAGUGUUUGAAAUGUAAGUGUAUUCUUGUGUGUUCCUGUAAAUAUUUAAUACGUGUCUCUCAGAUGUCCUUGAAGUGGGAAGGGAUCGAUCUUGGGAUAAUUUCAAAUGGAAUAGAGUAUUUUGAUAUGUUCAUCGAGGGUGAUGUGUACAUACCUAUAUUGUAUAUAUGUGGUGACAUGCAUUGGCUUUUGUGCAGAAACAACCUGCUCUCUGUGCUGCUGUUGAACAGUCAGUGUUUUAAUGUUUCUACAGUUUUCCUAUUGCACGAUUUCAUAUUCUGCCGAUGGUGAGUGGCACCCAUUCUUUGUAACCGUUUAGUGCUGUAAAGAAAUAUUCCAAGUGUCAUUAGGAUUGUCGCUGCCAGAACUGAUAUGCAUGGAUGGCACUUAAAAUAAAUAUAUUAUGAUAACUGUA